AAACUAAUCAUCCUGGAAAGAGGACCAGGGGCAAAGCACAUAUAAAUCAUUUCUUAGGGAAGGUUCCGAGACACUGUUCAUCUUACAGGUCUUGCCUUAUCAUUUAAUAAUUGUAGUAAAACUAAGAGACAUGGGAUGAGUUACUGAGUUUAAAUGUAAUACAAUUAAACAACAUAAGCUCAUUUAGAUGCAGUGUUAUGUUACCUUUCAUCUCCAUCAGCUUUUGUAGUUUAAACAACUACUUAGAGACCUCUGUGCCCAUCAGCUCCUGAGUCAGCAGCCACGGUCAUCCAUGGUUAGCUCAGGUUAAUGUGGUACCAGAAGCUGGGCCAAGAGUCUGGCAGCCAAGUCCAGCGGACCACAGACUCCAGCCGUAGUUAUAACGACCACUAAACAGCCUUAGAAGAGGUAUGUACACAUGCUUAAGAAUUUUUUUUUGCAGUUCAGAAAUUUAUAAACUACAAAUUAAAUGUUAAGUAUGAAAAUGAAUGAAAUAAAAAUUACAAAUUCUCUUUUCAGUCCUCAUCUCUGUCCCCCUUCCCAAAGGGGUCAGUGGUAGCAGCUUGCAGGUGCACUUCAUGCGCAUGUGCCUUUCUUUACGCGUUAGACCGUGUCUGCCAGACGAAUAUCAGCUUUUCUCCUCCAGCUUAAUUAAGGGCCUGAUCAUGUCCCUGUUUUGUGGAGUGGCUUGCAGGAGCAAAUCCUUUGGGUGCUAUAGGCUGCUGUCAACCUAUGUCGCUAGAGCACGGUAUCUCUUUGAACUGAAAGAAGACAACGAUGCAUGUAAAAAAGCACAGCAGACCGGAGCAUUUUACCUCUUCCACAGCCUGGCUCCCUUGCUUCAAAGGUCAGAAAGUCAUUAUGUGGCCCCCCGGCUUAGCCUCAGAGAGCUGGAAAAGCUCCUGAUGAAGUGUGGCCAGGACACACAGCGAAUAGAAGAUUCUGUGCUGAUUGGAUGCUCCGAACAGCAGGAAGCAUGGUUUGCUCUGGAUCUGGGACUCAAUGGCUCCUCUGCCAUGAGCACCUCCUUACAGAAAUCUACAUUGGAGACAGAGCUCAAGGGGUCCUUCGUGGAGCUGAGGAAGGCCCUCUUUCAGAUGAGCGUGAAGGACAUGCGCUUGCUGUUCACGGCUCAGGCUCUUCUCAGCUGGCAUGAUUCUCACCAGUUCUGCAGCCGCAGUGGGCAGCCCACCAAAAAGAACAUGGCGGGCAGCAAGCGUGUGUGCCCCUCCAACAACAUCAUCUAUUAUCCACAGAUGGCUCCUGUGGUGAUCACUCUGGUCUCGGACGGACCCCGGUGCCUGCUUGCUCGCCAGAGCUCCUUUCCUAAGGGAAUGUACUCUGCCUUGGCAGGGUUCUGUGAUAUAGGUGAAAAUGUGGAGGAGGCUGUUCGCCGGGAGGUUGCUGAAGAGGUGGGACUGGAGGUGGAAAGUCUGAAGUACUCUGCCUCUCAGCACUGGCCGCUCCCUAACUCCUCUCUCAUGAUGGCUUGUCAUGCAACUGUGAAGCCAGGGCAGACGGAGAUUCGACUGAACUUGAAAGAAUUAGAGGCAGCUGCCUGGUUUAGUCGUGACGAGGUGGCUGCAGCCCUAAGGAGAAAUCACCAUCAUCCUCAUCGACAGAAUGAGACUGUCCCAUUCUGGGUGCCCCCUAAGUUGGCUAUUGCCCACCAGCUGAUUAAGGAAUGGGUAGAAAAACAGACCUGUGCUUCCCUGCCUGUUCAGUCCAGGUGAACCUGACUGGAACUCUCCUUGAUUUUCCCCAAGGAGAUACCAGAAAAUGACUGUAAAGAGGAGAUGAUGCAAGACAGAGAAGAUGAGCCUAUCCACAGCAUUAAGGAAGCAAGUUCUUACUAACAAUUAAAUAGGCUCGUAUGGAAAGAAAAGAACAGCUGAUGAGGCGCCAGCCAUCCAAAUCCGAGGGAAGGCUGAAGCCUUGGAUUGGAUGCAGAGGCUUGCUCACCUAUUUUCUCCAAGGUUUACGAGUAAGUAUCUUCAGGAUGUGGCUUACUGACAAUAUGUUUACGCCAACUGACAAAAUAUGACUGGGAGUAUUUUAGGUUAAUAUAAUCCCCAUGUCAUUACCGACUUAGAUUUUAUCCUCACAAGAGCACAAAGUAUAGCACAACCUAACAUUUUUGAGUUGUAUACAGGUACAUUCUUACACAUAGUCUUUUUUUUUUUUUUUAAAGCCAUAUUUCUUUGGGUCUCCUGAAGGGAUGAGUUGAGUGGGACCUCAGGUCUUUCUCGGAGUACAAGGAAUAAAUCAGAUGCAGUGAAGCUGUGCUUUAGCAGCCAAAGCCUGGGGGGAAUCAGGAUGGUAAAGGCUGACUAAUUCUCAGCUUUGUCAUUUCCUCAGUAUGCAACUCAGGGAAAAAACUACUACUUCAUCUGGCCUGUUUUCCUAAAUGCAAAACAUUUAGGAAAUGGCCGCGGGCAAUUGCUUACCCAAAGUGUUAAUAAAUAUUAACUAAGGGAAGAAUGAGAAUAAACAAAUGUCACAGCUGAAACACUUCUUAAGCCUUAUGGGAUAAAAUAUCAUUUUCAUAUGUUAAUCCUGUCUUGUGACAAUAGAGUUGAGUAUAUUUUGGGAAAAUAAAAUUUUCAAAUCUUU